AUGCCGCCGGGAGAAUUGGAGAUUGACGAUUCUUUGCAUUUACUACGAUUAGUGACACAUAGAGAGUUUACACAUCAUCUAGAAACGUUGCCAGGUUCGAAAGAAUUGCUCAUCGACAAAUGCCUUCUCCGACCAAUCGACAAUAUUGCUACGUCAACAGAUAUGAAAAAGCAUGGUGUUAGAAAGAUCGUCCAAUUUAAACUCGAUCAAUCUCCUCAACUCUGGAACCCGGAAAUCGAGCAUCGCAUUUUUUUUCUGCGUUCAACUGUAGAAAACGCGAAGAAACUUGUUGAAUACGUUGAAGAAUCCGAUAAUCAUUCUUUAGCCGUUAUCUGGUGCAAUAGACGAUUGGAACAAUGCGAUUUAAUCUUUGAAAUGUCCGGAGUAUUUGAAAAAAUUCAACAGCUCGACAUCAACAUGUGUUUUCUACCGAUAGAAAAUGAUUUAUUCUCCCUACAGCAUCCAGAAACGAGUGAAGUCGAUAUGUUUUCCGUGGCGAACAUUUUCGUAGCCCUUCAAAACUUGUACGGUGUCAUCCCAACAGUAUAUGGCUUAGGUUCUGAGGCGAAAAAGUUGUGGAAACUUGUUCACACUCUUUGUUCCAACAAUGAACCCCGAGCACGACCGGACCAACCCAUCAGCCAUUUAUUUGUAUUUGAUCGUCAACUAGAUCCAGUUCCCGUAUAUUUAACUGGUGCAUCAUAUGAGGGUCUUCUUCACGAAUUCUUUACAAUCGAAUGUGGAAAAUUGGCGUUUCCACAUGAAAUACACAAUCAAACUCCGGCACCGGAUUUCGAGUGGGUUGAACUUGAUUCAAACUUCGAUAAGGACGUGCAGCAUAAAUAUCGUGGGGAUACCAUAAAGCUCGACAACUGCGAAGACAUUUUUGCGUCAAUUCGAAAUAAACACGUCACUACAGCACUUGAAUUUUUGCACGCUAAAGCAAAAUCCAUUCAAAAAAGCAUAGAGAAAUCCGCCCUCAUUGAAGAUGUCGCAGAUUAUCGUAAUUUUGUGGAGAAUGAUCUACGAGCGCUCAAGUCUGAUCAUAAGCACUGUGAAUUACACAUCAGCGCAUGUGAAAUGAUGAUGAACAAGGUAAAAAUGGAAGACUUCCGGACAAGAUUCAAGUUGGAGCAUGAGAUGCUUCUUGGAACUGUGAACAAUCCCGAUUAUUUUGAUUUUGUUUUUGAGAGGGUCUCAAUGCGGAGCUGUCACGACUUAGUAAUUUCUAUGAUGGCAUUAGCUUCACUCAAGCUCGAUGGUGUUCCUGACGACGCAUACGACGAGUUUACCGAACUUUACUUACAGAAAUAUGGUUAUGAACGCAUUUACGAAAUUCAAAAUCUCCGCAACUUCGGCAUAAUAUACGCAAGACGUCAUACCAGCUCCGACCGAAACCUAUCAGAUCGGGCUAAAACGUGGGAGAAUCUGACGAAACGAUUCCGAAUUGUGAAGGGAAACGAGCCGAUGGAUAUGUCGAAUCCAACAGAUAUGAGUUAUGUGUUUGGCGCUCGUAUUUCUCCGCUUCUUUGUAAAAUUGUCGAGGAUACGAUGGAACACGGAUGGAACAAGGUGGACUACGAGAGGAUCGUGGGAAAAAAUAACGUUCUAGUUGAAGAGAACAGUUAUAUCGCAGCCGAUCGACGUCCAGAUAAUCGAAUGAGGAAAGCAAUCAUGGUGUUUGUGUUGGGGGGUGUGACCUAUUGGGAAGUAGCUGCCCUUCGACUGCUCGCCGUUCAAAAAAAUUUUCGCAUUCUUAUAAGUGCAACGCAUAUUGUGAGCAAAAGCGAAUAUUACGAGGUUCGAGCGCAUGACGCUUCGUCCGUAUUUUCGUAA